AUGAGUAAUGAAACACGAUCUAAUAAUCAGGAUCGAUUAUCAAAGAUAAAAUCAACAGAAAUGAUUGAUAGAACAAUAAGUAAUUAUUCAGCAAACCAUUUUAUGACAGAUACAUUAGCAAAACAUCUUUUCUUUGAUAGAAUUUUCCCUUUGUUACCAAUUAAAUCAAAUAUUUCAACAUAUCAAGAAGUCGAAUUAAAUGAAUUUUUUCUAUCUUGUAGGGCUGUAAUUUUAAAUGUGGCGAUUGCAAGAGAUAUUAAUUCUGUUGUACGUAAUAAUCUAGAUUUAAUUGAAUUAAUUGCACAAAAUGAAAAAUUAACAGAGAAUAAUAAUAUCAAUGAAGAUUCUUUAAAUUCUUUAUUAAUCCUUGUUAGAUUAUUAUCAGAUACUUUGGAAUAUUAUUGGGAAUCAUGCGGUAAUCUUAUACCACAAAUACAAAAUGAUCGAUCAGAAAAUGCAUUUGAAAAACAAAGAGCUUAUUUUAAAAGUUUUGUUGUUGGAUUUUCAACACAUAGAGCCAGUUUACAUUUAAAACGUCCAACAAAAUUAAGACCAGAAAUUGCAGACAGAUUAAUUAAUAUUUGCAUUAAAUUAAAAUGUAAUACAGGUACUUUAAAAUUAUUGAAAAAUAUGUCACCAAAUUUACAUGCAAGUAAAACUUUAACGUUUGUUCAUAUUUUACCAGAAUAUCAAAAACUUAUAUCACAAUUAGAUUCUCCAAUUUUAUUAGAAAAGACAGAUCUAACAAUUGAUUAUAUAUUAAGAUUCACAGCAGCAUCAAAUCGUGAACAAUUUGAUUCGAUUUUAAAGAGUAAAAUUUUAGAACCUUUCGCAAUUAGACAUUCUGUUUCAGAAUUAGCUAUUGUUGAAUAUUUAGAAUUAUUUGGUUGUUUAUUUUUAACUAAUAGAAAUUUAUCACAUUAUUUAAAAAUGGUUAGAAAAAUUACAUUUGUAAUGAAAAGAACAGUUUUUUAUUCUUUAUUACUUUAUUAUUUCUCAAAAUCUUUCAUCUUUUGGAUUAUGGCAAGACCUAAAGAAUAUAUUUCACUUUAUGAAAAAUUAUUAAAAAUCGAUCAAACAGAUUUAAAUGACCCAAUAAGAGAAAUCCCACCUUUAAUAAACACUCUCUUUGAAGAUGUACAUUCAACAUUUAACGUAUCAAACAUUCUUACAUCAUCCUCAUCAUCAUCAUCAAAUCAUCAUCAGGAAAAUAAAAGCAAUAGCACACUUACCCCGACAACUAAUAAUAACAAUAAUGAAUCCACACAUAUACCACAAUCAUCUACUCAACCUUUAUCAAUAAACGAUCAAUUACAUCUUUAUAGUCAUCAUCAUACAUUUUCUGCUCCAAAUUCUACUUCAGUACAAGGAAGAGAAAUUUCAGCAAGCUCAGAUAAUAAACAUAAUAUCUCAUCAAGAAAUUCAAAUAUUACAUCAACGACAAAACCAACCAUAUCACAUCCAUUAGCUCAUCCAUCAAUUAAAAUCAAUACGAAAUAUCCAAACCCUUCAAUCGGACAACAUUUGGGACAUGUAUCUAGUGGAGACAUACCCGGAACAGCGUUAUCAUCAUCUUCUUCCAUAUUUCCAAAUCCUUAUUCUGAAAGGGGUACCCCCAUUGGUAAUGAACCCACAGAUAGUAAUAAUAGUAAUAAUAAUAAUGUUAGUGUGAAAUCAAAUAGAAAUGGUGAAUCAAAAUUUGAGAGAUUAACAAGAACAACUUCGAAAAAUUCAACUUAUAGAAAUAGUAAUACUUUAGCAAAACAGAAUCCAAUCAAUAAAUCAAGAUCACCUCUCGAAGAUUCGAUGAGAGGUAGUUUUAUAGACACCGAAAGUACAACUGAUAGUACGGAUCUAGAAAAUGAAAUUGAUAACAAAAUUGAAUAUGAUUCUAAGAUUAACGCUUAUUAUUUAGAAAAUGUUCUAGAAUUAUACUCAACAUUUAAUAACUCCGAAUUAUUAUCCAAUAUGGCCGUCUUUAGAUUUCUAGUUAUUCUAACCUUCCUAGAUACUGAAAGUAUUCCAGAAAUGAAUGGAUUAUCGUUUAAAGGACUUCUUGAAGUCGAUGAUAUUUCUUCUGAUAAUGAUGAGAAAGAAGAGGAACAGAAAUCAGUAGAGAAAAAUAAUAAGAUACCAUUUUCAAGUAGAAGAAGAACUAUGUCAGGUUCAAGUGAUAAGGAAAGAUUACAAAGUAUUAAACAUUUAGCUCAAGGAUUAAAGAAAAUUACAUCAUUACCAACACCUUCAAGGAAGAGUCGUCCAGGAAAGUUUUUGAUUCAAUUAUUGGCCAUUGUCAACGGAGCUCAACAGACAUCAAAUAUGGUACUAGUAGAUGCAAUUAGAUGUUUACUUUCAUUUAUGACUGUAUCCUCUUCCAUAUCCAUUUAUAACGGCGAAUUACCUUGCAUUAUAUUAACCAAGAGAUUUUAUAAUUUACUCGGGAAUAAUUUGGAUGUAGGUAAAGAUUGGAAUUCAUUGACGAAUAAACAUAUUACACAUUGUAGAAAUAAAUACCCAAUGAUCUCAAGACGAUUAAAAUUAGAAUUUUUUGCGGCAGCAGUUCAAUUGAAUCCAGUUGAAUUUUUAGGACAUUUACAAUUAGAAAGUGAAUUAAAACAUUUGAAUUUGAAAAAGCUAUGUAUAUAUACUGAAGGGUUCAGAGUUAGUCUACAUCUUUUGAAUAAAGAUGAAUCCAGAAGAAAAAAUGUUAGGGAUCUUUCAAAAUUUUUCCAAUCCUUAUUCUCAGUUACUGCAGAUAUAUUAUUAAAAGCUUAUCCCUAUUUUGAUCCAAAGGUAACAAAAAUUAUUUUAUCCGUUCUUAAUGGUCCAAUUUUAGAUGUAUUCGAGAGUAAAAGACUUUCCUUACUUAAAUUGGAAAAAGGGGAAAGUACAACAAAAGAAGAGACACGAAAAGAAGCUCAAAAUAUGAAAGCAUCAGAUGAACGUGGGAAUUAUUGGAAUAUCGGUGAAAUACUUCCAAGAAUAAGUGAUAAUCCAACCAUGAAUGAAUUUUUGUCAUCAGAAAGCUCUUUAGAUCAUGCAGGCAUUACACGAAUUCAACGUGGUCUUCAAAUUCCGAGUGAUGAAAGCUUCCAUAUUUUAAUGCCUAGAGCAGAACAUAUAUCUUCACAUUCAAGAAUUUCCUCAGAGAUUCAAUUUUCCACUCCAAGUGUUGUUUCUGUUGACUCAAAAGUUAAUACCCCUCUUCCUAGAAGAGAUGAGAUGGAAAUUCCAAGUGCCGUUUCAGCGACAGCUACCCCAGAGUUGGAGGCGACUUCUACACCUAACAGAUCAAUUGUAAGUAGCCAACUCAAUGUAAGAUCCGAAUCUAAUGGUGAAAAGUCCUUACUAUCUCCGUUAAUGAAAGCAACAUUGAAUCUGCAACGAUACCCAAGUAACAAACCAACCCCUACUUUUGAAUCAUCAAGUGGUAGUAAUAACACUAACGAUAUUACAGUAUACAAUAAUGAUGCAAGAAAAAUUAUGAUGAACAUUUUCAGCAUUUUUAAAAGAGUUAGCAAUUACUUUGUUUCUCCUGUGGAUGAAACUCUAGACGCUAUAUGGGACUCCGGUAAUUUUAGAACAGUGAUCAAACCAAUUUUUGUUGCUAUGUUGGAUGCCAAUAUACUUUUACAAAAUAGUGCAGAAUCAUUUAUGGAUAUUUUAAUUCUUUAUAUUUCUGAUUAUACCGACUUCACAGACUCCACACUAUUUGGUAGACAUUUUCUACUAUGUUCAUACACAAUUACUUUGUUUUCGAUAGGACUAUCUGAUAUGUCACUUUCCAAUAAGAAGAAAAAACUACUUUUAAAUGUUGUUGUAAAAGUGUUAGAUGCAAGAGCUUGCUUGAUAAGGACUGCAAGGAAAUUAAAUCUUCUUGAUCAAGUGAUAUUUAUUGAUGAAACAACAGCCCCACUUCUUAUUACAUCAUUGGGAUCUGCUCUAAUCAUGUCCAUGUCAUGCAGUGAAGAAAAGAUACCUAAAUUACUAAGAACAGGAUUUAGAGAAUUAGAUAAUAUCAUGACAUUUUAUGAAGAAAAUAUAGGUCCUAUUGAUAAAACGUGCAUAUUUAAUGCCAGAUUCAUUAAAGAAACGGCUGCCUCUAAUUAUUCUUCUGCAGGUUCUGUCGCAUUCUUAAGAAAGCUAAAAAAUAAUAUUGUCAAAUAUGUGACACACCCAGACAUUUUAGUUUUGGAGUCGUUAAAUGGAAUAUAUGAUCGAUGGUAUUAUUACUCUGUGUCGAGAUAUCUUAACCAACAAGAACUGAGUGACUUCAGAAGUCUAGCUGGUAUAAUUGCUUCAUUAUCGGGUGUCUUAUUUACGAUUGGUGACGAUGAAGAUGCAGGUUUCAAGGAAUUUGCUUAUUUAACCGAUGUGAAAGAAAUACUAAUUGAUAAAUUAAGAUACUUUAUUAGGAAGCAAUGUGAGUGGCUGAAUUAUCCAGAUCUAUUAACUCGUGAGAAUUCGAGAGAUAUUAUUAGUGUUGAGCUUCACCCGUUAGCAUAUAGUCUUCUUUUUGAUGAUCUUAACAUGAAAAUAACUGAUUUAAAAAACACACAAUUUGAUGAAACCACCGAUAACCUAACUUAUACUUUAUUGGAACAAAUAAUUAUUAUUAUGAGAACCAUAUUAAAAAGGGAUGAUGAAGAUAGAAGACUUUUAUUAUUUUCUAAUGGUAUCGUUGAUGCAAUCGAGGAUUUGAUUCAUAUAAUAGAAAAAAUGCCACACGAAUCUGUAUUAUAUUUCAAGGCCAUUAUCCAAAUCUCAAAAAUGUUCAUAUCGAUAGAAUAUUCGGAAGAGAGUUUAGCCAUCAAAAAUCAUUUUCUACUAAAGAACAAAUGGAUUAAUAUUGUAAUAAACUGGUUUAAGUUUACAAUUGCGAAGGAUUACGAUCUUGAAAACCUUGCCAAACCCCACCGUGAAAUGGAUUUAGAGAAGCGUGAUUUAGAUUUCCUAUAUAUAGAUACUUCCAUCGAAUCCGCGAAAGCCCUAGCAUAUCUAACGAAAGGUAUACCACUAAACACAAAUUAUGCGAAUACCUCCGGUGAAUUUGGGAGAUCUGAAUUGGUCACCUUUGCAAAUUAUUUUACAAUAUUACUUAAGGGCUUAGAAAGAAGUACUAAUUCUGAGCGAUUCCCAGUGUCAUUGAAGCAUAAAAUAAAUAUAUUAAACGAGAAUAUUAUUGACUCUUUAACAAACCUUUCGAAUUCAAAUGUGGAUGCCAGUUUGACCUAUAGUUUGCCUAUGGGGUACUCCGAUAAUAAAAAUAUCAGAAUAGCCUUUUUGAAGGUCUUCAUCGAUAUCGUAACAAACUAUCCGUUAUUGAAAAGUAACGACGAUACUAAAAAAAUUAUUAUAAUGGAUAAAUUAUUGCUUCAUCUAAUGAAGCAUCCUCGUUUAACAUACAAAGGAAGUAUAGUAUGUCCAUCUAAUGAUACUGAUGAAUAUGCUGCUGGGUUGAUAAGGGCUUUCGAAACAAGAAAUGCGUCGCACAUUGUUAUAAAUGAACUAAUUAAAGAUGAAAUUGCCGAUGCAGGACGUUAUGCAGAUGUUUUAAGAAGAAAUAGUUGUGCAACUCGUGCCCUUUCUAUCUAUGCAAAGUCAAGAGGCGGUGAUUAUUUGAUCAAGACAUUAAGGGAACCAUUACUUGAAUUAGACGAGAACAUGGAAUGGUUUGAAAUUGAAAAACUAACAACAGAAUCAGAAAAUGUAGACACACAGGUAGACGCUUUCCUAAAUUAUCUGGUAAGAAUUGUAGACAAGAUAUCAACUUCAUUAGAUUACUUCCCAAAAGAGUUAAUUCACAUUUGUCAAACGAUUUAUAACUCUGUAAAAUCCAAAUUCCCUGAUUAUUCUUAUAUUUCUGUUGGCUCCUUCGUAUUUUUAAGAUUCAUUGGUCCAGCGUUAGUAACUCCUGAUUCGGAAGAUAUUUUAACAUACUGUGACUCAAGAAGUAGAAGAUCUUACAUCACCAUCGCAAAGGUUAUUCAAGCAAUGGCUAAUAAUACCGAAGGUUAUCUGAAGUGGCCAGUACUUUCGAAUCAUUUAGAGAUUCUAUCACAAUGUAAGACGAAAAUAUAUGAAUUUUUGAAAUCCAUUUGCAACUAUGAUAAGCCAAUUGAUAUUAAAGUAAGAAUGGAUGAUGUCCCACAAAAGUACGAUUACAACUACAUUCACAGAUUUAUUUAUUUGUAUGACUAUGAACUGAGAAACGAAACCCUUUGUGAUAUUCAUUCUAUAAGUGAAUUAAAAAUUGCUAAAGAAACAUUUACAUUAUUUGACGAUAUAUUAGGGGUAAUGGGACAACCUGCAAUGGAAAUUACGAAUGAAAUACCUAAGUAUAUCAAAGAAAAUAUAGACCGUUACCCACAACUGUACGAAUUUAUGAAUAGGCACGGCUACAGGAUUUCUCAAGAGGAACAGAGCAAGAGUGUUAAUUAUAUCCACGAAUCAAUGUCCCAUGACGGAUGUCCUAUAAUGACAGUCACAUUUAACCUCCUUGGUGAACAGUUAAAUGAAAUGGAAUUACUGGUUUACAGAGUUAUCCAACUCUACGCUAGGAUAUGGACUAACAAAUAUUAUUUAGUGUUUGACUGUACUGAAUUUUCGUUGGGUCCGGCAGAGUUCAACAAACUGUGCAAUAUGCUAUGCUCAUUGCUUCCAAAUAUGGCCUUACAAAAUUGUAUUAUGAUGUACUAUGUAAAUACAACAGAAGAAUUCAUGAAUGGUUGGAUGCAAGUUCAAGAAAUGGGACAUCCACUUUCAUUCUACCAAAUUCCACAACAAUUUAUUAAUACCAAUACAGAUGUCCAUAUUGUGAAGUCGCUACAGCUAAACAGUAAAAAUUCUGAGGUCUAUCAAAACGUUCGUGUAUCUUUGCACGAUAUUCAAUUGUAUGACGAAAAGUCUCAGCAAUAUGUUCCUGUAAAAUUAAAACUAGGUGAUCGCUAUUUCCAAAUACUGUUUGAAAAUCCAAAAAUAUAUACCCUAGAAGAUGUCGACAAAGUAUUCGAAGUGAAGUUUAAUAAUGUGUACGAGAUAACCGAUAUCGACACCAUACAUGUUACAACACAUACAUAUUCACCCACAGAGUUUACCAUCGAAUUCUUUGAUGGAGAUAGAUUAAUAUUAUCGACAAGCAAAUAUUUAGAGAUAGUUAAAAUGUUUUAUUAUGCCCAGAGUAAACUACAAUCAGAAAACUAUAACCAAUUGGAUCUCGUAUCUGCUUCAAAUUCUUCCAAUUCCACGGAUAAAGGAAACAAAGAGAGAAACGAGAUUAUAAGCCACUUGUGCCUCAUAAUAUUGGUAGGGUUAUUCAACGAGGAUGAUACAGUGAAGCAUAUUUCCUACAAUCUUAUGGUGGCUACCCAAAAUGCUUUUGGGCUGAACUUUGGUACUAAAUUUUACAAUUGUUCGGAGAUUUACGUUCCUGAGGAUACUACGAGCUUUUUAACUAUCGUUACUAAAUCCCUGUGUUCAUCAUCUCCUGAAUUAACACCAUACAUAUGGAGAUAUAUGGUAGAUGGAUUAGAGAGCGAUGUUAUCAAACAUGAUUCUGUUCCAACAAUAAUAUGUUGUCUCUCAUUGUGGGUUCCAACAAUGUACGAUUACGUUUACCUAAUGGAUGUCGAAGAUGGACCAGAACUAGUAGCAAAAAUUAUCAGAACCUUGAUUCGAUUAACUGUCAGCGACUCCAACUUUACCACCUUAUAUUUACAGCAAAUUUGGUACAGAUUUGCGCUUGAUGGCAGACUGACAAAGAUAAUUGUUGAUGAAAUCGUGAACCAUGCUUUAGAAAGAGAUUCCGAAAAUAAAGACUGGAAGAAGGCUACUGUUUUACUUACUUGUUUUCCGACUAUUGAGAUAGCUUCUCAGAUCGUCAAAAGAUUCAUACGGAUCAUUAGAUCAUUUUUACCAUCAUUGAAACUAGAAUCAUCAACAAGAGGUUGGUCUGAAAUAACAAUUUUAGCGAAACUAUCGGUUGCAUUAUUUUUUGAAUCACCAUUACUUUGCCAAAUGUAUCUUUCCGAAAUUUUAUUUAUUAUUUCAUUGUUGAUUGAUAUUGGUCCAACAGAUUUACGUUUAUCAUUACACAAGUUUUUGAUGAAUAUUUGCCACUCUCUAACUUUAAACAAGUCAUUAUCAGAUGAAGAAAGAACAAAGAUACAAAAACUAAGUAAUAGCUUCUCUCGUCAAAAGAUAACCUUAAUGUCAGGUUCAUCCGGUGACAAAUCACUUUCAGUAAUUAAUUUCAGCUCCCCAACUCUAUCAAGUAAAUUUGGUACAUUAGAACAUUUUGUGGAUAAUAUACUUGAACUGAUGGAAUGUAACUCACCAAGUGAAGCAGCUCAAUGGAAAACAAAAUACAAAAAGCACUUAAUGAACUCUAUAUUUACACAUCACUCCUUUUUGUCUGCUAGAGCUAUGAUGAUAUUAGGUAUCCUAGGAAAAAGAGAAAUUUCGGAAAUUUUAUGUAAAGACUUGCUGGUUGAGUCUAUGAAAGUUUUUGCGACUCCAAUUCUAACCGACGAAACUCUGACAUUAACUGUGGCACAUUCAUUUACUUACAGUAAAAUUGUAGAAGGUUUAGAACCUUCAUUGGAACUAGUAAAGCAAUUAUUCUGGUUUUCCACUACUAUACUAGAAUCUCCAUAUCAAGUCCAAUUUGAAAGUGGUAUGUUUUUUAUGAUUAAUUGCUUAACAAAACUGUACGAUUCACACUUUGCUACUGAAGGUAACACCAAAAGAUUGCCAGAAAUUCUUAUGGAUUCAAGAAUAUUCGCUUCAAACUUUCUGGCUGAACUGGAAAGCAUCGCAGGUGUAACCUGGACUAAUAGUAAUUUCCCACAUAUUUUAAUCGGUUUUAUUAUGAGGGGGCUAUCCAUCCCAGUAUUAAAAGCAGCGUCCAUGGAAUGUCUAAAAUCUCUAUUUAGGAAUUCAUAUUUGGAGAUGGAAAAAGAUUCAACUACUAAGACCUUCUUUUGCUACCUUUUCACGAUAUACUUAUUAUUCAGUCCAGAACAAUUUAUGUCUGCGGUAAAUGAUGCCAAUCUAUCUGAUGAUCUAGUUAAACUCGACGACAACAACCAAAUACCAAGGCAAUUAGCAGAGUGGUUAACAUCAGACCAUAUGUGUUCAAAUGUAGCCCUAUAUCAAGGUGCGCUUCUUUUCAGUAGUUCUAUCUCUGACGAUGGUUGUAAAUUAAGAUUUGCUCUUAUUAUGAGAUACCUAUUGAAAACAAACCCUAUUUGUUUAUUCAGAUUCUACAUAAUUACUAGAGAUGAAUUAAGAAGAAUAUCAGGGUUAGAACAGAAUCACCAAACUGUUAUUGUAGCAUUUGAUAUCAUCGGAAUGCUUGUGACAUUCGAGGAAUAUACUGAAUUAGAGAGAUAUCAUACUGAAUCGUUAGACGCAUUAGCACAUAGAGGUUUAACAAUGAUAUCUAAGAUUGAUAUUUUCGAUAGCAUAACAGGCGAUUCCCGUUAUAUGGUCAAUCAUAACUAUAGCAAAGUAAUCUAUGAGAGAAAAAGACUCUUAACAAUGAUUUUAGCAAGAAUGACAUGUUAUAUAUAG